AUGGACAAAACGAAUAUUCGGGUGUUUCGCUUCGUCGCUUAUUCGGUGGCUAGCCUUGCCGUCCUUCUAAUGGCCACCGCCACGAUCAGCUUGCCGAUGGCCUACAGGUAUCUGAAUGAAAUGAGAGCUGCACUCGAACAAGAGUUUCAGGAAUGUAAUUUUGUUGUCGACGAACUUUUCAAAGGAGUUGUUGAAUUCAGCGAUGUGCUCAAAAAUUCGAAUCGAACGGUGAGAGCGGCAAAAAAAUCGAAACGGACAUUUGAAGGUAAGUAUAGAAACUCGGACACGUGCGCUGGUUGCUGUCUUCCUGGACAACCAGGAGUUCAAGGACCGCCUGGACGGCAUGGAAAGCACGGAGCUCCUGGAGCCCCUGGAAAGCCUGGAGAGCCGGGAAAGAACGAGGACAUGCCAUGUGAUGCGGUGAUGAUCAAGCCAUGCAGUUGUCCACCAGGGCCACCAGGAGAGAAGGGACCAAAAGGACCGCCAGGAAACGAUGGGCUGAAUGGGAAGCCGGGGCGACGAGGAUUUGAUGGGCUCGACGGAAGACCGGGAAGGCCCGGUAAGCCGGGAGUUGAUGGCAUCCCUGGACCGAGAGGACCAGACGGACACGACGGAGAGCCGGGAAUCAUUGAUGAUGCGGAAUCGGGACCACCAGGAGAGGACGGAGAAGAGGGUGCGCCAGGUCAACCAGGAGAGCCGGGAAAUCCUGGAAGAGACGGAAAAGACGGCAAGCAAGGACCGCCAGGAGCACCGGGAAAAGACGGAGAAGAUGGCGAGAACGGAAACGACGGUGAGACCGGCGAGCCAGGAAUCGCCGGACGACCUGGAGAAGCUGGAAUUUGUCCAAAGUAUUGUGCAAUUGACGGAGGAGUUUUCUUCGAUAAUGGAGCGCGUAGACGACACCUAUAA